AACUCUCUGCUGCUUCUCAGUCCACGCGGAAACUGCACGAAGAUUUGCGCAUACACGUGCUGGAGCAAAUCACGGAGAUCGAGGGGCUGCGCCAACACGCGGAAAAUAGCCGAAAGGCUAUCCAGCUGCUUGAGACCCGACUUCAAGGUACGAGAUCCGGAUCUUCACUUUUUUGUACUGACAGUUGUUCAGGGUGCAUAAUAUGUUCAACUCUGCUUUCAGAAGAAACUGCCAAGCAUUCCUCGCUUGAUGAACUAUCUGCCAAGGUCAAGGUGCUUGAGGCGGAGAACGAGUCCCUCAGAAACUUCAUGAAAGAAUCCUCAAGCAAAGAGACUGAGGCGAGGAAGGAGCUCUCCGAGAAGCAUGCCCGUUAGCAGGCGGAGCUGAUUGACAAGCUGGAGAAAAGCCAGGGCCGCGUGAUCUCCACAAUUGCCAAGAACAAAGCCCUGGAAGCGGAGGCGGAAGCCAUUGACAAGCUUAUCUUCCCAAGCCUUGGCUUUGAGUGGACAAAAGAUUCAAACCUGACGAGGACGGAGGCGUACGAUGAAGCGCGGAUGUCAAUUGAUGCGCUGUUUGAAGCCUGUCGCGGAAUCGCCACGGCUCUGUCGCUAAAGAAGGCCAAAACCACAGUCAUCGAUACGAUGACCAAACUUAUGCGACAGGUGCCGGAGUUCAUCAAGGACUGGCAGAAGUCUUCAGCGCGCGGAGCCGCCUCCUUAGUCCUGGCCACCUGCAAGGCUUUCUUCCCCUCACUCAACCUGGCGCAAGUUGCACGCGGAGCCCCCGAGAGUUCCGACAUGAGCGCCCUCCUCGCGGAAACUGAAGGCUAUGAAGAGCUGUUUGUCAGGCGAGUGGAUCACUCGUUCUGGUACAACAAGCACAAUCUGCCCGAAGGUUUUUCCGAUGCAGAGGAGGAAGCAGGCGAGCCAGAGUAUUAUGGGGAAGGAUCCGGGUCCAGCAGCGAGCACUCCGGAGAAAAUUCUGGAGACGACUCUGAAGCCGGAUCUGGUGGCAGCGACAACGGCUCCAGCUACCAGCAAUCUGAAGAGGAGGACUCCGAGUAG